UAGGCCGCCCAAACAACGGGCUGGCUGUGAUCGGGGUCCCACACGCCAGCGUCACAUCACCGGCAGCUAGAUCUCGCACGACGGCGGGCGGCACGAGGCAUGGCCGCGUCGCCGUCCCUCCUCGCCGCCAUCCUCCUGGCCGCGGCCGCCGGCGUCGAGGCCCUGGUGUUCGACGUGCCGUCGGGCGGCUCCAAGUGCCUGACCGAGGAGCUCCGCCGUGGGGCGCUCUCCCACGCCUCGUACCGCGUGGCCGAGGCCACGUCGGCGGCAGCGUCCACGGUCUCGGCGCGCGUGGCGGGGCCCCGCGGCGAGGAGCUGCACCUGGCGGAGGGCGUGGAGGCCGGGGAUUUCAGGUUCGAGGCCGCGGAGGAUGGCAAGUACACCGCCUGCUUCUGGACGCCCCGCUACGACCGUGGCGCCGCUGUCUCCGUCGACGUGCAGUGGGACACCGGAGUCCGCAGUCACGCCCAACCCGCGGUCGCCGCCGCCAAGGAAGGCGGCGUCGAUUCGAUCACUGGAGAGUUGAAGAAAUUGGAGGUUUCUGCCCGGCUCAUACACGAAGAGAUGAUUUCUCUCCAUCGGAGCGAGGACGAGAUGCAGAUGCUCAACGAAGACACAGCCAUGAAAAUACACUUCUUCACCCUGUUAUCUCUGGCAGUUUGCGUUGGAGUUGCAGGGCUGCAGCUGUGGCAUCUGAAGACUUUCUUUCAAAAAAGACACAUACUUUAGGGGCUAAAUGGAACGAGGAAUAUGUCUUACUGAUUUUAAUUUGUUAAAUGUCAUACACAUAUUAACUUAAAUAGAGAGGCAAGCUAUGUACAUUAAUUCUUCAGAAAAGGAAAAUGGGUGCAAAGUCCAUCUUAUACGUUCGCCUAAAUUCUGUAGCGCUGUUGAUUGUUUUACUUAGUAAUGUGCUCCCAUAACUU